AUGGCACCCGACAUUACCCCAAACAUCUUUCUCACCACCACAGGUUCUCCAUCAGAUCAAAAGACGACAAUCUUCUUCAUCUCCGGUAACCCCGGUCUGAUCGGCUACUACCACCCAUUCCUGUCUCUACUCUCGAAGUAUCUAGACAAGCCAAAAGAGGAUCAUUCAUCAAGUUCACCGUCAUUUCAAAUCUACGGCUGUUCUCUCAGCGGCUUUGAAAUAGACGAACACCAUCCCUCGCCAUCACCGAACAAUAGCAUCGAUCUCGACCUGGAAGGUCAGAUCUGCUUUGUUCAGGAAAAGCUCGCUGCCCUGAUGGGAGAUGAAGCUAACAGCAACGGCAACGGUAAAGGUAAAAGUACUGCCGAUGCUGGAACUAGGCAAAAAGUCAUCCUGAUCGGACACUCCGUUGGCGCAUAUAUCGCCAUGGAAGUCCUAAGACGGCACCGCGAAGCAAGCCCAGAAAGCACCUUCGAUAUCGUCGGUGGGGCGAUGCUCUUCCCAACUGUCAAGGAUAUCGCAGCGUCGCCUUCAGGGCAGAAAUUGACGACUCUACUUUCGAUCAUUCCCCGUCUUGCUGUGGUGGUUAGUUUCUUCGCUCGACUACUUACACUCCUGCUCCCGGCAUCACUUCUUCGAUCUGUGGUUUGGCUCGUCAUGGGUGAUCCCCCGGUUCAUGCUUUGGAUACUACGUGUGCUUUUUUAAAGAGCCCGCGUGGGGUACGGCAAGCUUUACAUAUGGCUGCCGAUGAAAUGCGGACUAUCACUUCGGACAAAUGGAGUGACGAUGUCUGGGGCGCUGCAUCGGCGCAUGAGCCUAUCGCGAAGCUGUUUUUCUAUUUUGGUCGUAAUGAUCACUGGGUAGCUGAGCAGACGAGAGAUGAAAUUGUUGCGGUGCGUGGGCGGAAGGGAGGGGAGGCUGGACCGACUAUGAUUGUUUGUGAAGAGGGUUUGCCGCAUGCCUUUUGUUUGAAACACAGUGAUGUGAUGGCGCGAAAAGUUGCGGGGAUGAUUGGACAGAUUGUGGCAUAG